GGUAUAUAAUGUCAACCGUGAGCUUGGCAGGAAGUGGAUCUUGUGCCUAGCUGGAACAUGAGGAGAAGAAGCUGUUUAAUACAGAGUCACAGGGACAACAAACUAAGCCGUUGACGAAAAAAGCUUGGGACAUGGACAGUUACGGCAGAGGACGACCAUGGGGGAAGUUAGUCAAGGUGGACUCCAGUGAAACUGUCCUGCUUUUCAACAGGGAGUGCACAGUUGGCAGAAAAAAAGGAUGUUAUCUGUCCUUUCCAGCCAACAAACUGGUAUCAGGGGAGCACUGCAAGAUUGUGCAAGAUGAAAGCUCAGGGGUGGUGUGGCUUGAAGACAUGAGCACUAAUGGCACGGUGAUCAACAUGUCCAAACUGGUCAAGAAGCAAACUCACAUGCUGGAGCAUGGCGAUGUCAUCUACUUUGUAUACAGGAAAAGUGAGCCAGAGCAAAACAUUGCUUAUGUUUACCACUCAAUCAAAACGGAGCAAGCUAUUUCACAACAUAGUUAUGACACAGAGAGUUCAGCCCACAGUCCUGCUCCUCUUCCACCUUCAGAGAUGUCGCUCUCUGUGGAGCCUGUAAUGCUCACAAAGGCUCCUCGUGACCCAACUCAGGAGGAACCUCAGCCCUCCACCUCCACUUCCCACUUCUGUAUCGGGAACCCUUCCACUUGUGGUCCUAAGGCAACCCCAGCCUGUCCUGCCUCUGGCCAAGCUGAAGAUGCUGCUACAGCCCAGGAAACAGACAUGGACAAUAUGGAGCCGGAAAGCAAGAGGAGGAAAACUGAUGACAAUAAAGAUUAUGAUUUGGCACACACCUCCAGUACACAAGCGGUCGGUUCAAGUAAGGGAAGUCCUGGGAGUCUCUUGUCUAAACCACCGGUGGAAGGGACUAAGACGGAUAAGAUGGAGGAGAGCCUGACAUGUGUUAUUUGCCAGGACCUUCUGCAUGACUGUGUCAGCUUGCAGCCCUGCAUGCAUGUCUUCUGUGCUGCCUGCUACUCAGGCUGGAUGGAGCGUUCUUCUCUCUGCCCCACCUGCCGCUGCCCUGUGGAGAGGAUUCGGAAGAACCACAUCCUCAACAACCUGGUGGAGGCCUAUCUCAUCCAGCACCCAGAGAAGUGUCGCAGUGAGGAGGACCUGAAGAGCAUGGACAGCCGGAACAAGAUAACUCAGGACAUGUUGCAGCCAAAAGUUGAGCGCUCUUUCUCUGACGAGGAGGGCAGUUCAGAUUACCUCUUUGAGCUCUCGGACAAUGACAGCGACUCCUCAGACAUUAGUCAGCCUCUGGUGAUGUGCAGACAGUGUCCUGGCUACAGGAGGGAGGUCAGUCAUGUGCUGUUUGCUACAGGUUCAAACUACUGGCUCCCUGGUCUGCCAGCUCCACCACCUGUACCUCCUCCACCCAAACCAGCAGCUGAGGGAUCUGAAAAGCCCACAGGGGAGCAGCCUUCAACAUCCUCGGACAUCCCCUCAGCUCCUCAGGAGUACCGCUGCCCCCCUCAGGGCUGCCAUCUCAUCUGCACCUGCUGCCUCCAGCCAAUGCCAGACCGACGGGCCGAGCUCAACAGCCAGCAGGUUAUUGCUCAACAAUGUGCGCUGUGCCAGCGACCCUUCUGUCAUAUGUACUGGGGCUGCCAGAGGAUUGGCUGUCAAGGCUGUCUGGCUCGAUUCAGUGAGCUCAAUCUGACAGACAAAUGCCUCGAUGGUGUGCUUAGUAACAACAACUACGAAUCAGAAGUCCUCCAGAACUACCUGUCCUCCAGAGGCAAGUCGUGGAGAGAUCUGCACCAGGAAUCGUUGCAAAGUUUACAACAGGGAAGCUACUGUCUGACAGAUAGUCGUAUCUCUGCAGAGACCGUCCUGUGCUUCUGCUGUGGCCUGCGAGCAUUCAAGGAGCUCGCCUACAAGUACAGACAGAACAUCCCUUCAUCUGAACUGCCAGCCGCUGUAACAUCUCGUCCAGACUGUUACUGGGGACGUAACUGUCGCACGCAGGUGAAGGCACAUCAUGCAAUGAAAUUCAACCACAUAUGUGAGCAGACACGUUUCAAGAGCUGAAUGAGCGGAGCGGUUUGUUUCUUCACAUGAGUGUCAAAUGUUGAUAAAGCAUCAUAGACACGAGCUUGUCAAGUUUUGUCCAUUAUAGCUAACGGCUUUCCAGAUGUUAUGCAAAAACCUAAUGCAGAAAUUACAAUCAGUAUCCAUUUACAAUAGUGACCAGUGUCUUCCUUGACGCAGGGCUGUGUGAAAUAAUGCUAUGCACAAUAACAUUAAAGUUCAAUGUUUACUAAAGGAUUAAGGUGCUUUUUAGCGUUAAGACCUGUGAGGGCAUUUAACACCGGCCACCUUUUAAAUCAAAUGUCAUAUAUUUUGUCUGUGGCUCAUGCAUUCAUCUAGACUACCAGGGAGCCGCCCACCAACUGUUAGAGUAAUUUAUUUGUCGUUUGUUAAAAAUGCUUCCUGAUAUGUCCUCCGGCCUACGUGACAAAAAGUCUCUCAGAUUAAAAGCGAUUGAGGCAAUCUGUAUGGAUUAAGGCCAUUUAUGUGUUCUUACACAUGUGCUGAGCCUGUUUUAUAUUUUGUCCUCCACCAACCUUUUCCAAUUGAGGCUUAAAACACCUGAUGCAUAUUAACUUUCUUUAAUUGUGAUAUAUUUUAACAGUUUCAGACACGCUGAGGUAAGAAUCCAGGGCUUCCCGCAACAUAAAGCUGAUGAAAGCAGCUGUCUCACAGUAAAGUCAUACAGAGUGUGACAGCAGUUUGGGCCAAGACACAAGCCGCUUCCAAGAUCUAACAUUUUAAAAUAUUUAUAACAUGAAAAUGACUCACCUCUGAGGGUCUUUUUUUUUUUUUUUUUCUUUUUUGGCCAUAGCGUUAGAGUUCCCAGACGGGGGCAAAAAGCCAUGUCAAAGCCUCACGUACGUACUAGGCUGUAUUCAUAAUCCCAUGUGAUAUUUGGAUUGGGAAGGGGAUCAGUGUGUUGUGACACUGUCAGAGGGCACGGGGGUCUCCGUUGUAUGCUUUGCUGUGGAUAAUCAUCUCCAAGAUGAUUAAAGUAGCGUAGAAGGGACGCUUUCCCGGAGCCUUGUAGUAACGACUAAGCUGCGAUGAAAUGCAGUUAGUCCGUGUAGACUCUUGCACGCCAUGCAACCAGUCACGGUUAUAUAUGCAUAAGGUGCUGCUUCUAGCGGCAUUGGCCCUUCGAGUGGCGUUUGCAUGUGCGGAGGUUUGCAAGAUACACUUGCAAGAGAAUAGUGCCAAUACAACACAACAGUAUGAUCUGUUGUCAUCUGUGUUUAGGUUUAUUUGGAUGUUUUGUUGAUUUAGUUGAUCAGUUUGUUGGAUUUAGUUCGAGUUUCUCUGGUUCCUCAGGUACACAAAGCUGCUCUUUUUUUUUUUUUUUUUUUUUUUGUUAAUUGCAGCUUAACCAUGUUUGAUGGUUAGAAAGGUUCUGUGUCAACAUGCGAAAGCUGUCACUGAACAGUCAUGUUGAAUCUGAUGACCUCUCAUUUGUGACUAUCAUCACCCAAGUGUCAGCAAGUCCCCAUCAUGCAAACAUGCACAACAAGUAUUGAUGUCUACUGUAAAAAGAUGACAAAUCAGCUUUUGUUUUUUAUUUAGCCUAGUCAAAAAGACGGUCAAGACAUUAGUUUCAAGAGGCCUUAUAUAUUGAAAUAUGAGGAUGAAGUAACAGUAAUAGUAAUAGAUGUUUGAUGUUUUUUUUUUUCCACUAUUAUUAGUGUAUAUAAAAUGCUGGUGCACGUGAAGAAUGAGGGAAUAGAAGAUGUUUAAAAAUGGGCCUUAGCUUGCAUCCAUUACAUUUUUUUUAUGAUAUCACACAUAAAUACUUAUUUUUCCAUUUUUGUUUAGUUUUUCAGUUGAUUGUAGAGGAAUACAUACUAAAAAUGUCUGUUAGAUGUGUUUAUAUUGUACAGCUAAGGAUAUUUGCACAUAACUUGUAUUACAAAGGCUUCUUUACGUCUACAAGGUUAUGACGAUAUGAACUGGACGUCCUAGAAGAGCUGUCUUUUUGACGUGUCAGUACUCUGGCUCAGAAUAUCUGAUUUGUGAUCAUAUGAAGAUUUUCAUUCCACAAUGUGAUCUACAUCAUCAGGAAGAAGAAUUGAACUUUGUUUUAAGGAUAUCCUUGAUGGUGCUGAGUUUCAUAAAAUGCUGUACAUUUGAUAUAAAUCAUUAGUAGCAUUAGCCAUAGUGAAUGUAGCUCUUCAUAUUUUCAUUGUAAGGUUUGUUGACAUAAUGGGGGUUGUGAAUGGGCACUUUCCUGGCUCCUCAUUUAAUUUGUGGUGUGAGCAAGGUGGUUUAGAUGUAUUUUUCUUAGUUUUUUUUUUUUUUUUAACAACCCCCUUCAAUCAUGGUGGGUCCACACUGGCAUUCCUUAGCAGCUCAGGCCCUCAGCACAAACCCGGUUGAUCCCCCGACAGAGUGGCUGAGUUUUAAUUAUUCCCUACCGGAGAUCUGGGCACCCUAAGCCAACAACAGUCCCAAGCCGCUCCAAUCAGGAAUUGGUAUUAAAGAGGCUUUGCAUUCUCCCUGGGGUGGGGUAUGUUGUAUACUAAGGCAAAUAUUUACUCACUUUGUGUGCAAAAGUCUGGACCAGGCUGCUCAGCAGAAUGGAAGAGGCAGGUUUCAUUCUACCUCAUCACAGCUCCCAGGUCUAUGGGAGACUGAACAGGCAUCAGUCACUUUCACAUCAGUUCGAAGCUGGGAACGCGUCUCUCAGUACAAGGGACCGAAGUCCUUACUGAUGCCUGGAAACUUUGUAUGCAAUGCACUAUUUGAACAAAUUCAUUAUCUAGACUAUAAUCAGCUUCUAGUUCAUUUUAUAGAGUAGCCCUAGGCACAUGCAAAAAUUUUGUGAGGACUUGAGUUUGACAAAUAUGUUUAAGCGUUUGAUAAAUGCCUCUUUACCCUGUAUGUUACCCUGCAUGUUGUAUUAGCAAAGCUAAAUUUGUCUUUGAAGUGUAUAUGGAUCUGAUUUGCCUGUUUAUCUUAACAAAUUAAAAGAGUGAUUUAGCGGACUUUCGAAACCGACUUGCUUUUGUCAAUGCCUUAACAGUCCGCCUCUACUUAAAUGUGUUUUGAUUAUUGUCACUUCACUCGGGUGUGUGAGCAUCACUUUUCACUUUCAU